AUGCAGACACACAUAAGAAAAUGCAAUAUAUUAUCGUGGAUUGCAAAAAAACCAAAGCCAUCCACAGAGAUACUGUCCAUCAGCACAGACUCAGAGGCCAGCCAGUCAGACUUCUCUCAAACAAAUGAGUCAAAAGAGCCUUCUGAAAGCUCAAGUAGCAGCCAGCCUGACCAAAGUUUUAUUGUAGAAGAGAAAAACAUUCCGGUUCAGAAAAGGCCUAGCACAGCCAGUAUGCAAAUAAAAGCAGAGAUGGUAGAGGUGGUGAGUGAAGAAGAAGUAGACUCAGAGACGCAUGCCUUAUUCCUUUCUCCGCCUUUUGAUAAAUUUGGAAGAAAGCCAGGAGACCUAGGAUAUGACAAAAGUACGCUGUAUAUAUCAGAGAAGUACCUGUCUGCAAUGACACCGUGCGAAGAGCAGUUCUGGCGCAUAAAAAUGGAGUACUUUGACACAAUUGUGUUCUUUAAAAAAGGAAAGUUCUAUGAGCUAUUUGCUGAGGAUGCAGUCCUGUCAGCAGAACUGUUUGGCCUUAGACUAACAAAAAGAGGCGCAAUGAAGAUGACAGGUGUGCCAGAAAUGUCACUUGAUUUGUGGACAGAGAAGUUCAUACACAAGGGAUAUAAGGUGGCAAUUGUAGACCAAAAGGAAACAAGUGUCUCGCAGAAUAUGCGCGUGAAGUCAGGAGAUGCCAGGCAAAAGAUCAUUGAAAGAGAGCUAAAGGAGGUUGUAACAGACACAACCACAAGCUCAGAUGGAAUAGGAAUAUGCAGCUUGUUCAUUCAUGAAAUAGAAAAUACAGAAAAGGCAGACAUAACAAUAGCAGUAUUUAGGCCAAUGGAGUCUGAGUUCUUUGUUCUGCAGUUUGAGGACGACAAAGAGCUUUUUUCGGUUAAGAGUAUAAUGAAAAAAGAAAAUAUUAAGGAGGUCAUAACAAAUAGCCCAGCUGUUCUCAAGGAAAAAGUCAUUCCAAUAAGAAAGGAUACAUGGUCACAAGAUGUAGCCUCAACAAUUGAAGCCAUGGGCGCACAUUCUCUGGAGGGAAAGAAAAAAGAGGCAUUGGAAAUACUUGUCUCCUAUCUAAAGUACCUGAAGUACGCAUUCUCAGCACAGCUUGUAGAGUAUACAGAUAAGGUGAAAAACCACAUGCAGGUAGAUGGACGAACCAUUGAAAUGCUUUGUCUGGUGGAGCAGCCAAACAAAAAAGAAAGAGACACAAGCUCUUUGCUUGGGCUAAUUGACCAGACAAAAACAAGACAAGGGAAAAGGCUUCUUCGGCAGUGGAUCAUAAGGCCUUUGGUCUGCAUUAGCCAGAUAGAGAAAAGAUACGCAACUGCAGAGAUGCUUGAGAAUAUUCCAGAAAGAGGUCUUCUUGAGUCGCAUCUGAGAAAAAUAGGAGACAUAAACGACUUUGUCAAAAAAGCAAAGAACUACAAAGUGCGCCCAGAGGAAAUAAGAAGGCUGUCUUCUUCAAUGGAGGAGGUAGGCUGCAUACAUGCAGUUCUUCUUUCUGCCAUUUCCAGACUUACUCCACAAGAGAUUGAUCUUACACACAUACAACUACUUGCAGACAAAAUCAGUUCAUUUGGGGUUAUAUCCAAGAUAACAGAAGGAUUUGAUAUUUCAGGUGAUAUUAUGCCACUAAGCACAGACCCAGAGCUUAUAGCAGCAGAAAAGUACAAGCAAAAAGUCCUAGAUAUGCUGCAAAUAUAUGGAAGGAAGGAGUCAGACACAGCACAAAUAGAAUUUACAGUCAAGAGAAUUGGAAGAGAGCACUAUUUAGAGUGCAGCAAGCAAGACUCUUCACUUGCAGAUGGCAAGAAGUACAUACCAUCUGGAUCAACAAAAACCGUUGCCAGGUACACAACCUCAGAACUCAGAAAACUCUCUGAAACAUACCUUGAGGCAGAAGAAAAAAUCACAUUCCUGGCAACAGAGUCAGUCUCCAGAAUCUCAAAAAGAAUUAGUGAUAAUGAUGCAAAUCUAAAGACUAUUUCCAUGGGAGUGGCUGCUUUGGACUGCCUUAUUUCCUUUGGAUACUGCAAAGGAGCAAAACCAGUUCUUUCGGAUAGACUGCAAAUAAAAGGUCUUCUUAACGUGGAGCACACCCACAUCCCAAAUGAUAUAGAGAUAGACACAGAGAACAGGUUGGUUGUCAUGACAGGACCAAAUAUGGCAGGAAAGUCCACCUUCCUAAGGAACAUAUCAACUGCAAUUGUGCUUAGGCAGAUAGGUGCCAAAGUACCAGCUGAACAAUUUGCAGGACCUGUUUACGAUAGACUGUUUACACGCAUUGGAGCAAGCGACAAUCUUCUGGAGGGCGAGUCUACAUUCCAGAUAGAAAUGAAAGAAACCGCUAAUAUACUGGCAAAUGCCACAGAAAAGUCUUUUGUAAUAAUAGACGAGCUAGGAAGAGGCACUUCGACUAAGGAGGGAUCUGCCAUAUCUAUGGCAGUAAAGGAGUACUUAAAGAAGCUUAGGUGCACUGCAUUAUAUGCGACGCACUUCUUUAGUGCAAUAAAACCAAGCGAUGUUACCAUGAAAAUGGACUAUAAAUACGUUAUAAAUUCGCAAAAUCACCAAGAAAUACUCUAUCUGUAUAAUCUAGUGAUGGGCAUCUGCAAGGACUCCUGUGGAAUUGAUAUUUGCAAAAUGACAAAAGUCCCAGACUCAGUCAUUAUACGUGCACUUGAGAUAAAAAGACAGCGUGCUGCACAGUAG